AUGGCUUCGAAUGCUGAUACAAACAGCUUUGAGUACGACUUUGUAGAAAGGCCAUCCGAAGAGUUCUUCUGUCCCGUCACGUUCCAGCUACUCCUGGAUCCAGUGCAGACCAACUCGUGCUGCGGUAACCAUCUCUCACGUGCCGCCGCCCAGAAACUCGAGGCCGAGGGAAAACCGUGUCCGAUUUGUAAGGCAGCGCCUCUGAAAACAACCGACGAUCGAUUCUUUAGGAAGAAGGUGAGGCAAUUGAAAGUGCAGUGCAGCAACAAGUCUGGUGGUUGUGAGUGGGUGGGUGAGUUAGGAGAGCUAGACAAUCACUUGAAACAAGGGUCAGUGGAGGGGCAGUGUGAUUUCGUCGAUGUUGAAUGUCUGCUGGAGUGUGGCGAACGAUACAAGCGACGCAAUCUGAAGAAACAUCAAUCUCAAUUUGAAAUUGAGCGUAGAUUUCUCCAACACCAUCUCCAAGAGGAAUGUCCUCUGGAAAAAAUCCCAUGCAAAUUUUCCUUUGGUGGUUGCCAGGCAAAAGUAGAGAGAAAAUCAAUGAAAACACAUUUGGAUAACAGCAAAGAUGAGCAUAUUGAAAUGACAGUCUCAGAAUGCAAGAAUCUCAGAGCUGAGUUAGCAGAUUUGAAACUAGCUUUUACUAAAAUUGCUCCCAAACCUGUAUUCAAUCAACCUUCUGAUAUCAUCAUGACUGGAUUUGAAAGAAAACUUAAGGGUAAUACGUGGUGGUUUAGUCCAGGAUUUUAUACUCACAUUGGUGGCUACAAAAUGCGCCUUAAAAUUUAUGCCAAUGGUAGUAAGGGUACUCAUGUUAGUGUAUUUGUCUACAUGAUGAAGGGAGAGUUUGAUUCCCAUCUCAAGUGGCCGUUAAAAGGAGAGAUCACAGUUGAACUGGUCAACCAGAAAGAGGGAGGAGAAAAGUAUGAGGGAGCACUAGCUAACCACACUGAUCCAGAUGAACGUGACAAAGCUUUCCAAAGAGUGACUGGGGGUGAGGCUAACGCAGCAGGAUGGGGUUUAGAUGAAUUCAUCUCCCACUCAGAUCUCUACAACCCUGAAGAGGGUAAAGAGUACCUGGUGAAUGACACUCUCAUUUUCAGAGUCACCAAUGUGGAAGUUACUAGCGUCUAA